GAAGAAGAAGAAGAAGAAGAAGAAGGCGUGCAGUGUCUCGUAUCGCCUUUAGCUGAUCGAUAACAACCCCGGUGUGUGUUGGUGGUUAGUAAAACAGCAGCCGUGCCCCGUCGCGCCCCCACCCCCAGCGGAGCCGUCAUGUGGCAGGAGGCCCGCAAACACGAGCGGAAGCUCCGUGGCAUGAUGGUAGACUACAAGCGGCGAGGCGAGCGCCGGCGAGAGUACUACGAGAAGAUUAAAAAAGAUCCAGCUCAGUUUCUUCAGGUUCAUGGCCGAGCCUACAAGAUCCACCUGGAUCCUGCAGUGGCUAUGGCUGCAGAGAGUCCCAUCAACAUGAUGCCAUGGCAAGGUGAUGCCAACAACAUGAUUGACAGGUUUGAUGUAAGGGCUCACCUGGACUACAUCCCCACCUACACCCCCCCACUGCUCAGCACAUCAUCUCCAGAGCAGGAGAUGGAAGAGAGGAAGUCCAAUUAUGAGCGCUACAGAGGCCUUGUGCAGAAUGACUUUGCCAACAUCUCCGAGGAGCAGUGUUUAUACCAGAUCUACCUGGAUGAGCUCUACGGUGGCCUGCAGAAACCAAAUGAGGAGGAAAAGAAAAAGCUGGCUGAGAAAAAGGCCACUAUUGGUUACACCUAUGAAGACAGCACUGUGGCAGAGCCCGAGCCCCAGUCGGACAAAGAUGAUGAAGACAAUUCAGAGAACAGUGAAUCUGAAGAGGAUGAGGGCAUCCCAGAUAUUGAUGUGGAGGUCGAUGUUGAUGAGCUGAACCAGGAACAGGUGUUGGACCUCAACAAAAUGGCAACACCAUAUGGAAUGGCUGAAGGAGACUUUGUCAGGAUGCUGAGAAAAGACAAGGAGGAAGUGGAGGCCAUCAAACACGCCAAGGCCCUGGAGGCGGAAAAGGCCAUGUACUCUGGCCGCCGUUCUCGCAGGCAAAGGAGAGAGUUCAGAGAGAAGAGACUAAAAGGACGACAGAUCAGCCCGCCCAGCUAUGCAAGGCGAGACAGCCCAACAUACGAUCCCUACAAACGGCCAGAUUCAGAAUCCAGCUCUGAGUCACGGUCACGAUCUCGGUCUCCGGGUCCGGAGAAGAUCACCUUCAUCACCAGCUUCGGAGGCAGCGAUGAGGAAUCUGCAGCAGCAGCAGCAGCAGCAGCAGCAGCACAAGCCGCCGCUCCUCACUCUGGCCACGCCCCCUCCAACUUGCAGCACCCUGCAGGUCAUAGCAGGGGUUCCCGGAGACGAAGGUCCUCCUCCAGUCGCUCCCCUUCCUCGUCCUCCCGCUCCUCAUCUCACUCCUCCUCUCGCUCCUCUUCCCGUUCACACCGUACCCGGCGAGGACGGGGCGGGAGGGACGGCCGUCGUUCCCGGACCCGCUCGCGGUCGAGACGGCGCUCCAGAUCUUACUCCAGAGGCCGAGGAGGGAACGGAGGGGCAGCGUCCUGGAGGAGACGUGAGCGCUCGCGGUCCAACGACAGAGACAGAGAGCGAGAGAGAGACCGAGACAGGGACAGACGACGAUACACUGCACGAAGACGAACGAGAUCGCGUUCUAGCUCGCGACAGGGGGGCAGCUCGAGGCGAGGGGGUCGGAGCAGUGGAGGACACCGGCGGGGAGACAGCGGCAGCCGCAGUCCCUCUCAGUCUCCCAGCCGGCUCAACCACAGUCCUUCCCCUGCUCACAGAGGAUCCCAGCCCUCUUCCACCACCGUCUGUGACAAGCUAAGAAAGCCUGAUACUGCGGGUGGUAAAGAGACGGGAGCUGCCAAACCCAAGAUGACCCCUCAGGAGCGUCUGAAGAUACGCAUGCAGAAGGCGCUCAACAAGCAGUCCAAGGCGGAUAAGAAAGCCGCUGCGGUGAAGAUCCAACUGCAGGAACACAAACGACAGGAGAGAGAGGGAGAACUACGAGCCAUGGCACGCAAGAUUCGCAUGAAGGAGCGCGAGCGCCGUGAGAAAGAGAGGGAUGAAUGGGAAAGACAGUAUGGGCGGCAAAGCCACUCGCCUUCCCCUUCCAAAUAUGGCCGAGAAUCCAGCUCAUACAGAAGGAGGUCACGGUCUCGAUCGCGGAGUCCAUACUACAGACACUAAGCUGACCUGUGGAAAGCUUCCUCAUGCAGCACAGCGCCCUUACAUUGGCACACACACAAACUGUCCAACAAUGAAACUAUUAAAGGUUAAAGAGAUGAAUUGGCUGUUGGUAACGGACCGACACAUCUACACCUGAACACGCAUGUUCCCUCGUCCUGUACAUUGACGGAGACACUUCAGUUUCACUAAUUACGCUGCUGAUUGGUUCAGCCAAGCUGAGAUUGAGUUUUCAUUUUGGAUUCAUCUUGUAAAGAUACUGCAGGUUAUUAAAUUGGUUUCUUCACUUCUGCAUGCUUUUUUUUUUGUUUUCUUUCUGGACACAUCUUAAUGUAGACUCGUAUUUCAAAUGUAUGAAGCAAUACUUUUCCUUACAUCAUCUUCCUCGUUUUAUGAUCUCAGCCACAGUUUUACUUUUCUCUAACAAGAAACACUCAACAAUAUUGAACAACUCUGUUGAACUAACGCACAGGAUACUUCUUUACACAUCCUUUUGAAACCAGUGUAUGAAAUCUGAUGGGGAAAAAAAAGUUUCUGCAUUUAUGAAACCUUACAGACCGCUUUAAAAAAAAUAUAAAGUCUACCCUCUGCCAACAAAAUAAACAGCAGCAAAUGUCUUUUUUUUGUUCUGGGAAAUGUGGAAUGUUAAAAUCCAAAUAAUAAA